AUGCUUGUAACAAAUGUUUCGGGCAAAAUUGGCAGUUCUUCAGAUAAUAAAAAUAAUAUUUGCAGUAAUAUCGAUAAGAUCGAAGCAAAUCUUAACCAAAUCACUAUUUCAUUCAAGGAUCAAAUACUUGAUGAAACUAAUUACUCCGUUUUAGAGCAUUUUUUCUUCGAAACAAGUUUAUUUAAAGAACCAUUAAUAGCUGAUUAUCAUGCAUUUACGCACUCAUAUAUUGAUCAACAGAUAAUUACAUUUGAUCUAUUAUUACCAGCAAUUGAAAUAUAUAAAGGAAAAUUUUUAUGUUUUCCAAACCCUCCAAAGAUAAAUAACAGAAUUAGCAAACUCAUUGCCAAAAGCACACGUUAUGCUUUCCCAAUUACAGUCGAUAACGCAGAAUAUACAAACACAGAAUAUUCUCAAAUGAAAUGUUACGGAGAAGAUUACAAUACAAGAUGGUGUGAUAUGAGAAAUGUAUACAUCUAUAAGAACUGUAUUACAGUAUCAACACCAUGCUAUUAUCAAUUUCCGACCCCUUUUUUGAUACCAGGUUCAAGAGCUCCUCCAUUUGAUAGGAAAGGUGAUCGAUUGAAUGCUGAACCGAUCGUUUCUCACAAAAUAUUUAAUAAAUCCACAGAAAUGUUCGAAGUUAACCAAAUUUCUUAUAUUAUAGGAAGAUUUUACAAUUCCAUGAUGCUUUGGCAUAUAUUAUUUGAUUUCGCACUACCGACUUAUAACAUGAUACGAACAAUAGAAGGUGAAAACCCUUCAGAAGGUCGUUUAAUCCUUUUACAUGAUUAUGAAGCUGACGCAUUUACAGAUUUUUGCAAUUUGUUCAGCUCUAUACCUGCUAGAAGAGUUAGUAAUCUUGCUAGGAACCUUUCUCUCAAGAGAGCUAUUGUUGGUUUGGAAAAAUUUGAUUUAGACCCAUCGGUUUAUCGAAUGACGGACCAAAUGAUUAAUUUCAGAUAUAGAUAUAAUCGUACUCACGGUGUUGGAUUUAGAGAAUUCGUUCUAAAAGUGAAAAAAUUAGAAGAUACAAUUCUAAAUCCACGUAAUCCAACAAUAGUUAUAAUAGAAAGAAAGGGUUCAAGUCGAGAUAUAACGAAUAUUGAUGAUAUUGAAGACUUUGUUAAAAAGGAAUGUGAUUAUUGCAAAGUUGUCAGAGUAGAUCUAAAAUCGCUGGCCAUUAAUGCGCAGAUUUCACUUUUUACAUCAGCAUCAGCAAUAAUUGGCCUUCAUGGUAGUGGUUUGGCCAAUGUUUUGUGGAUGAAACCAACUUCACCGGAAUUUCCAACAGCCAUGUUUGAAGUUAUGCCAUAUAAUUACUGGUGCCGUGACUGGUAUGAAACUGCAUCAAAUGUUGCUGAUGUUGAAUAUUUUUCUAUUAUGAAUUCAGAAUAUUCUAUUUUAAAGGAUGAGGAUUCUAUUCGAGCCUUUGAAUGCUAUUCAAGCAGGUCAAUGUGUACGAAUAUUGUCUGCCAUGAUUUCCUUCGCGAUAAAAAAGUUAAAUUAAACAUAGAUCUGUUGAAAAAAGCAUGGUCCCCAUUUCAAAAGAAACUUGAUGCUGCCAAAGAAAGAUUGGAUGAUAUCAACAGAUCAAAGACACUUUAA